AUGAACCGCCCACCCGUCAUCGAUGUGCAAAAUUUCCGAGCUAAGCUAACAGAGGGAUAUAGCUCCAUUUGUCUCUAUACAGGUCGUCUAUAAACUUGCGUCAGCGCCUAGCGAAACUCCCAAAAAAUGUGAUAAAAUGUUGUCAACCGAUUCAUGCCAUUUUUUGAACGAAACUUCUGCAAUUCAAUCCGUAGAGUCUGAAAUUGCGACGCUAACCCAGCCGCCUCAGGCUGCACCGCCGAGUGGAAAACAGCGACGGGCCUUGUUGAAGAGAGGCAGAAGAAAAAGAAAACGUCAAGCUCUUGCUAAACUCAGAUUGUCUGUUCAGUCUGGAAUUGAUCAAGACCAUGAUGAUGAUUAUGAUUGUGGUGAUGACAAGGAUGAAGAGGAAAGGCACCGUUUACACCAGGAAUGGCUGGAGAGGGAAAGGAUCGCUCAGGAGGAGUUCAGGCUAAAGCAAGAGAAAGAAGAGGUUGCUAGAAGGAGAAAGGAGGAAGAGGAGAAGAGAAUCAGGGAGGAAUGGGAGGAACAGCAAAGAAAGGAAAGAGAGGAGCGGGAGCAGAAGCAGCAGGAGAAGAGAGACAGAGAGGAAGCUGUACAGAAAAUGUUGGACCAAGCAGAAAGCCAGCUGGAAAAUGGAGGUUCCUGGAAAAACCCUGAUGCACCAGUGGAUUAUGGCACAGAAAAGGACAGGGCAAACUGUCCCUUCUUCCUUAAAACUGGAGCUUGCAGAUUUGGAGACAGGUGCUCUCGAAAGCACGAUCAUCCAAUUUCAAGCAGCACUUUGAUGGUCCGGAGCAUGUUUGUGACAUUUGGGAUGGAGCAGAGUAAGCGUGACGACUACGACACAGACGCUAGUUUAGAGUACAGUGAGGAAGAAGUAUACCAGCAGUUUGUGGACUUCUAUGAAGAUGUACUACCUGAGUUCAGGAAUGCUGGGAAAGUUGUGCAGUUCAAGGUGAGCUGCAACUUUGAGCCUCACUUGAGAGGAAACGUUUAUGUACAGUAUGACACGGAGGAUCAGUGCAAAGAAGCUUUUAUUAUGUUUAAUGGGCGGUGGUAUGCAGGAAGGCAACUACAGUGCGAGUUCUCUCCUGUGACCAGAUGGAAAACUGCAAUAUGUGGGCUUUUUGACAGACAGAAGUGUCCAAAGGGAAAACACUGCAACUUCCUCCAUGUAUUUCGGAACCCAAGUAAUGAAUUUUGGGAGGCGGACCGUGACCUCCAUUUGUCCCCUGAACGUGGUGGAGGCUUCACAGGAUGGCGUUCGGAUCGCAGGGACAAGGCGUCACAACGUAGCUACAGCCCUGAACAGUCUCACCGCAGACGAAGUGAAAGGAGGAGCCGCAGUCGUGGGAGGUACAGGAGGAGGAGUCGUAGCAGAAGCAGAGAGAGUCGGAGGUCCCAAUAUUCACUCAGACGGGGUCAAGGAUCCUUCAGUGAGCGAUACAGGAGAAGUAGAGAGAGAUGCAGGUCACGCAGCAGAGACAGGGGUCCCCAUUCACCCACAGAUUCAAGAAAGAGAUCUUCUAGGAGGUCAGAAUCAAGCAGCCCUGGACAAGAGUAUAAAAAUGGGUCCGUUAAAAGAAAGAGCAGGAAAAGUAUGAGCAAAAGCCCAAAUGGUUGUGAUGCUGCAGCUACUGAUGAAAUUACUUCCUCACAUCGCCAUAAACGCUCCAAAAAGAGCAAGAAAAAGAAGAAAAGCAAAAAGAAACAAAAGCGAAAGAGAAGCAGGUCCCACAGUGGAAGCUCGUCUGCUGGUUCUGGUAAAGAGACAGAUGAAGAUGAGGAUGAAGAGCCUCUACAGAACCAAGACAAACAGAGCACAGAAAUGCCUGGGGAUGACCGCAAAGUUGCUGUGCCCCUCACAGCACUCCAAGAAGAUAAUGCAGAUCACACAAGUAACUCCUGUCAGCUAGAAGAGGAAAACCUACCAACAACUGAUGUCCCAACUGCCGACGCUGAAACUGACACACUUGUUGGUGAUGAUUGUAUGUGAAAAGACAUGAAUUCAUUUCCAUGUUUUUUCUGCAGCAGUGACUAUUUAGUUACAAAGCCUUUGUGUCUUUGGGAUUAACACUGCUUUGCCUGUCUACAAAUGUGUAAAUAAAUGUUUAUUUUAUUAGAUUUCAAA